UAAUUAUGAAAUUGGUAGUUGGUUUGUUGUUUAUUUUGAUGUUAUGAUCGCCUAUGUUGUUGUUUACUGGCGCCAUAAAGAUAGCUUCCUAAAAUAGAGUUGCAAGAAAAUUAUCUGGUCCUGCACAAAAAAUAUUUCAUGAACACUUCCUAAUUAGGAAAUUUUUCUUAUGAAUUGCAUUUAUAUCAAAUAAUUCUAACAAUAACUAAAAAAUUCCUAAAAUUGUCAAAAAGGUUUUGAAGUGUUUAUAGCACAUAUGUAGUGAAUCUCAUGGUAAGAAGGUUUAAAAGUGGAUUGGUAUCCAGCCCUCCUGUGAAAUUGACGUUUCGAUCUUUUUCUUUCAUCAUAUCCAUAAUUUACGUUCAUUUCUGGUGCUAAUAUCUCUAAUUUAUUCAAACAAAAAGAUGAGGUUAACGUCACUAAUAUCACUUGCUGUUGGAUUCACUGCAACACUUGUGAAUUCAGCACCAACUGGUGGUUCACUGGCAUUAGUGGAACAAUCAGUCAAUCCAUUCAAUAUGGACGAUGCAUUACUUCAAUUAAAUUCAGAAGAUGUUAAGAAUAAAGAUAUAAUCAUAUCAGAUAUAAUACAACUGUUAAGUCAAUCACAUUUACUUGGAGAACUUUUAAAUAAAGUUUCUGAUGAUUCUGAAGCUAAUCAUAAUAUUACCAAUUACUUUACUAAUUCUAUAAUGGCCAAAGAAUUAGAUAGUUCCACCAUAGUUUCUGCCUUAGGUUAUUCAGGUUUAUUACAAGAUUUUUUUCAAUAUAGUUUAGAAGAUGAAGAAUUAAAAUCCCAUGCCUUUGCUUGUGCACAAGAGUUAAAUCUGAAAGGUGAACUCUUUAGUGAUGAAACCACUCAAGCUGAGAAUCAAUAUGAAACCAUUAAAGUAAUCAGUAAGAGAGAUACAGACAUUGUUGAUAAGAUUGUUGACUCCAUUAAAAAUUCAACUACUUUUGCAUCUACUUUGAAUUAUGUUUUAAAUAAUACUUUCUUAGAAGAAAAUGGUAAAGAAGUAUUAACAGCAGUGUUGAAAAAAGUUCCCAAAGAAAAGAUAUUUACUGCUAUUACUCAAUCAGGUCUUGCUAAAGACGUCAUAAGUAAAGUUCAAGAAUCUUCUACAUUAAAAUCAAUAUUUUCUGAAGUCCUUGGUUUUCAAUUAUUUUCAAAAAGAGCAUCAGUAGAUGCUGAUGUUAGUGCUGGUGUUGAUGUCUCCUUUUCAGUAGAUACAAGUUUACCUGUUAUUUCAGCCCCUAUUGCAUCUAGUGAUUUCCCUAUUGUCGUUCCAAUAACAACUGCAGCUCCAUUAGCCGAUCCUAUUGAAUCUGUGUUAGACAUUGCUUCUUCAGCUCCUACCGAAACUACUCCUGCUACUACAUCAACAUCAGGUGGGUUGAUUGAAGGUCUUCUUGGAGAUGUUUUGGGUGAUGGUUCAAAAACAACAUCUUCUCCUGCUACUACAUCAACCUCAGGUGGGUUGAUUGAAGGUCUUCUUGGAGAUGUUUUGGGCGAUGGUUCAAAAACGACUUCUACUCCAACCGCUGCAGUUACAGUUACGCCAGCAGCUACAAGUACAGCUAAAGGAAUUGUUGCUGAUAUUUUGAGUGAUCUUUUAGGUGGAGGUUCAAAAAGCACUACUCCAGUAGUUACUCUUGCAGCAACUACAGCUGGCACUGCUUCCACAUCUACUUCCAGUGGUAGUUCUUUGAUUGAUAUCAUUGAAGGUCUUUUCUCAAAAUCCAAUUCUACAAGUUCAACAACUCCAAGUUCAUCUACUACUACAUCUACCGUUAGUGGAAGCGAUUUAAUUGAUGAACUUCUUAAGGCAGUUGAAAGUGCUUUCAGUGACUUAUUUAGUAAAGCUGGCGGUGGUUCAGGCUUAUUAGCUGAUAUAUUCAGUGUGGUUGGUUCUGUAUUUACUGAAUUACUUGACCAUUUUAAAACUACAAGUUCCACAACUGGAUCUGGAGGAAGUUUAUUAGAUGAUGUGAUUAGUACUGGUGAAGGCCUUUUAUCAGAAUUAUUCCUGCAUUUGAAAUCUAGUAAUUCGACUUUGUCCUCGGGAGGAAGUAUUCUUGAUGAUAUACUUCAUGCUGGAGAAGGAUUACUUUCUGAAAUUUUUGAUAAAAACUCAACAAGUACAUCUUCAACAGGAGGGAGCUUUUUGGACGAUAUUGUUCAUAUUGGAGAAGGAUUAUUUUCUGAUUUAGUUGGUCACUUUGAAGGUAAUUCCACCAGCGGAGGUUCAUUAUUAGAUGAUGCUCUUCAUUUUGGAGAAGGUUUAUUCACUGAUUUACUCGAUCAUUUACUGGGUGUCGAUUCUACUUUAAGUCCAGGUACUGGUACAAGUUUAUUAGAUGAUGUAGAGAAAAUAGCUGGAGGCCUCUUCGAUGAUGUGAUUAGUUACCUUAAGGGAAAUAGUGGUACUAUAUUCUCAGAGAUACUUAGUAUAGGAAAGAGUUUAUUCAGCAGUAUAUUAGGUUCACUUGCAGGUGGUUCUAAUGGUAGUAUAUGGGAUGAUAUACUUACCAUUGGAAAGAAUCUUUUCGCAAAGGUAUUCCCUUAUGUUACAAAUUAUUUGAAAGAAAAUGGAAGCUCUAUAUUCCACGACUUACUUGCCAUAGGUGGUGGAUUAGUUGCUGAUUUACUUGAUCAUAUAAAAUCUGGUGGAUCUGGACUUUUGAGUGAUAUCCUUGGUUUUGCUAAAAGCCUUUUCAGUUCACUUUUCAGUGGUAGUGGUAGUUCCAGUUCAAGUAGUAGUUCAAGCGGAGGAAGUUUACUUGACUGGAUUGGUAGUUCUAUAAUAAAUGCCUUAGGAGGUUCUUCAUCAGGCUCAUCAAGUUCAACUUCAGGCACUAGUUCCAGUUCAGGAUCAGGUUCAGGAAGCCUUUUUGGAUCUACAAGUAGUUCCAAACCCUGUUGUUGUGGAACCACAAGAAAAGCAAAAAGAGAUAUCAAGAGUAUACUCAGAAGAAAUGUAAGAGCUUCUCUUAGAUCGAUACAUAAAAGAAAAGCUGAAGAAUUCACAAAGUUAAGAUAUAUCGAAUUCAUUGACUCAUUAUAGUUUAGAAGUCAAUCUGCAUAGUUGCAAAUUUAUACCUAUAGUUAAUAAAAAAACUCUAUUUAACAAAAAAUAAUGUACUAAUAUCUUUUUUGGAGAAAAUCAAAACAAUUGUAGAAAGAGUAGUCAUAUUUUCUAGAUUAAAAGUUAGUUGUCGUCAUUUUGAAAUUUAAACCUAAAUGUUUUUAUGUACUUCUCCUCACUCGUAACCAAGAACUUAUUCUCCGUCAACAAGGUGCUACCCUUUUUCAUGUGAGUUUUCAUCUAGACGGAUUCGUAACCAUUCAAAUUUUAUCUUACACAUAAUUGCCUUCAACUUCCCUUUUUACUUCUUGUUACGUUGAUCUGUGUAUUCACUGUAUAAUUCAGUGAGGUAUAUUCAUUGGACCAUCAACUGGUUAUGGUGGACCGCUAUUCCAAACCACCAAAGUUGUGCCAUUUG